AUGCUUCUAAAUGUGUCUCUACCCGUCCUCCUAUGGGCGAUAUUUGCCCUCGUCACUCUCCAUUUAGUUUUAAACUACUUCGCUACUGGCAUUUCGAGAGUCCCAGGGCCAUUUCUGGCGAAACUGAGCAAUUUAUACAGGCUCGUUAACGUGUCAAGGGGUGACAAUCAAGUAUCUUUGGAAAGCCUGCACCGAAAGUAUGGCGACAACGUUAGAUUCGGACCUCGUGUGGUCAGUAUUAGGAACCCAAAGGAUGUAAACCAAGUGUAUGGGAUCAAGAGCCACUAUGUCAAAAGCCCUUUUUAUGCCGUACAGCAACAGAUGGCCAACGGAAAGCCAACCCAGACUCUUUUCACAACUCUCAACGAGGACUUUCAUGCAAAGAUCAAACGCCCCAUUGCCAGUGCCUAUUCCAUGACAACCCUGCAAAGCUAUGAGCCACUCGUGAAUCGAACAAUUCAAAGCCUAUUUGAGCAACUUGAUCAGCGCUUUGCCAGUACCGGUGUUAGCUGUCCCUUAUUCGACUGGCUCCAGUUCUACGCGUUCGAUGUCAUUGGGCAAGUCACAUGCAGUACUUCGCUUGGGUUCGUGGAGCAGGGCCGUGAUAUUGAAGGCAUCAUGCACACUCUCGGUACUUCGAUGGAUUAUCACGCUAUCGUGGGCCAGCUCCCCUGGCUUGAUAAAGUCCUGAAGAAGAACCCGGUCUGGGCUUGGUUCGCCUCUCCCACAGGACCAGUUGCAAGUUUUGCGAGAGAUAGACUGUAUGUCAGGCUUCAAGAAAUGAAAAGAAGCGAAGGCGGAGGGGCGGCGCCGGGUAACGGAGACUUCGUGGAUCGCUUUCUUCAAGCCAAGGAGACGCAUCCCGCAGUGGUUGAUGACCAGCAAGUCUUCUCAUACAUGGUGACCAAUAUCUUUGCAGGGUCUGACACCACGGCGAUUUCGUUGAGAGCCAUUGUGUAUUACACUGUCAAGCACCCGAGAGUCUACGCGAAGCUCAUGGAAGAGUUGAUCCAAGCCCAGAAUGAAGGCCGCCUUAGCCAGCUUGCGACAUGGAGAGAGAGCCAAGCCUUGCCUUACUUCGACAGCGUGGUCAAAGAAUCGCUUCGGCUUCAUCCGGCAGUCGGGAUGAUACUAGAAAGAAUUGUUCCCUCUGAAGGUUUGCAACUCGAGUGCGGUACUCUUCUUCCUGCAGGCACAAUUGUCGGUGCCUCACCAUGGGUCUUACAUAGAGAUAAGUCAGUAUAUGGAGAAGACGCAGCCAUCUUCCGACCAGAGAGAUGGUUACCAUAUAUGGAUGAAGGUGAAGAGACCUAUACGGCGCGCCUGAAGUCCAUGAAUGGAAACAACAUGACCUUUGGAAAAGGCCACAGGACCUGCAUCGGCAAGAAUAUCAGCUUGCUAGAGAUUUACAAGAUGCUGCCUAGCUUCUUUCUCAAGUACGAUGUCAGUUUGGUUGAUCCGACCGCUGAAUGGAAGCUGCAGGAUUCUUGGUUUGUUCGACAAGAAGGCGUGGAGUUCUACUUGCGGCCUCGCAACCAGGGCUUGCUCAAGUCGAUGUGA